AUGGUUCGACGACGUUGUUCUGGUCGCAUAGGUGGAUUGGAGGAUGGGGAGAGGUGGAGUUGGAGGCGUAGAUUGUGGGCUUGGGAGGAGCUUUUACUAGAGGAGUGUAGGGCGUUAUUAUUUGAUAUCUCUUUGGUUCCUAAUGUUUUAGAUUUUUUGGAGUGGCUUCCAGAUACUGCAGAGGGGUACUCUGUGAGUGGUGCCUAUGAUUUGUUGACAAAUGGGGAUGAUUCUCAGAUGGGAUUACCCUUUGAGUUAGUGUGGCAUCCUCAGGUUCCUUUGAAGGUUUCAGUUUUUGCGUGGCAGGUUAUCAGAGAUCGAUUACCAACGAAAGCUAAUCUGACGAUUCGUGGUGUUGUCCCCGCAGAUGAUAUCUUAUGUGUUUCUGGUUGUGGUCACGUGGAGACAGCUGGUCAUUUAUUUUUAUCUUGUACUACAUUUGCAUCUUUAUGGCAGCAGGUGCGUGAUUGGAUUGGUUUUUCAGGAGUGGACCCUAACAUCAUUACAGAUCAUCUGGUGCAGUUUACUCAUUUGCCAGGUGUUGGUAAAGCAAAAAGAUCAUUCUUGCAGCUUAUUUGGCUGUUGUGUGCUUGGGUUUUGUGGAGUGAACGUAACAACCGUCUUUUCAAUAAUUCAAUUAAUAUUGUCCCUCAAUUGUUAGAUAAGGUUAUUAAAUUGUUAUCUUUGGGGUGGCUGAAAGCUAAAAAGGUUGUGUUUGUUUAUGGUACGCAGAGAUGGUGGUCCGAUCCUUUUGCUUGUUUGGGGUUGACUAACUAG